AUGCCACGUGACGACCAAAAAGUGUAUGUUGGAAAUUUGCCAGGAGAUGUUCGCGAUCGAGAUAUCGAGGAUGUUUUCUCAAAAUACGGCAAGAUCAGAUACAUUGACAUAAAGUCAGGGCGAGGACCGGCUUUUGCGUUCAUCGAAUUCGAAGACAACCGCGACGCGGAUGACGCAGUUCGCGGUCGUGAUGGUUACGAUUUCGAUGGUCAUCGACUUCGCGUAGAAUUCACUAGAGGUGUUGGACCACGUGGUCCAGGUGGAAGACCAAUUAAUCAAUCACAUGGUGAUUAUAAUAGUGGGCGAGGAGGAGGUUAUCGUGGCGGCCAUCACGGAGGAGGUGCUGGUCAAAGACGAACUGGUCAUCGAGUUAUUGUCGAAGGAUUGCCGGCAACUGGAUCAUGGCAAGAUUUGAAGGAUCAUAUGCGCGAGGCUGGGGAUGUUUGUUAUGCUGAUGUUGCUAGAGAUGGAACUGGUGUUGUUGAAUUCACCAGAUAUGACGAUGUUAAAUAUGCUGUUCGGAAGUUGGAUGAUACCAAAUUCAGAUCUCAUGAGGUAGAGUUUUGCGUGGAAAAUCGAGAAAUAAUGGUUUUUGGAGAAUUGCCGCGGUGAAAGAACAAAAGUUCACGUUUUGUUAGAAAAUUAGAAAUUUGACCAAUUUUUUUUCAAAAAUGCUAAAAAUUCAUUUUUUUCAGGGAGAAACCGCCUACAUUCGUGUUCGCGAAGACACUUCAUCUGGCAGUGGUGGCGGCGGUAGCCGUGGUGGACGCAGUCGCUCUCGUUCUCGUGAACGUCGCGCUUCGCCAAAAUACUCUCCACGUCGUUCACGCAGCCGCUCUCGCAGUCGUUCUCGUUCACCAAGUCGCUCGAGAUCACCAUCCCGUUCGCCAUCGCCACAAUAAACAAACGAGCGAGAGAAAUUCCAACGGUAUUUUUUAUUGGUUUCACCAAAACUGUUUUUUUAUCUUCCCUCUUUCUUUUUCUAAUUUUAUUAUCCAUGAAAAAGACAAAAAAAGGUCUAACUCUAUUUUUCCCUUUUUAAAAGUUUUCAAACAAACAUCUUCCUAUAAUAUUUUUCUAUUUUUGUUAAACUGUUUUUUCUUUCUCCCCAAUUGAAACCGAUAAAUAAAGUUUGAUGUUUCAGCCUCCGAUCUAUCUCCGAGAUGUUUGUGUGUCUAA